CCCAAAGUGCCGGUUUCCACUCGUAGUUCAGCCAAGAAGCGUAACACAGUAGCCUACCGAGAUAGAGCUGCCUGAUAAGGGAAAAUUGACUUUUUUUUUCUCCAGGAUUCUGGUCUAAUGGACACACUCUUUGUAAAUGCUUUUUAAGAAUAAUCGCUUCAGGAAAGCGCACACUGGCUACUCUGCUGGCCCCGGCCUAGAGUCUUAUCUUAAAGGUUUCAACUUCACCGGUGAACCACCUUGGCUGCUCUGCACCUGAUUAAACUAUUUUACUGAAUUCCAUCUCUUUCUUGUCCAAUUUUCUUUUGUGACCACAAUCUAAAAGAUUCUGCGACCAUGAACACUUUCACUCCUGCAGAUUAUGCCUUCACGUUCCUGGAGGAAGGCUUCUGUGCCCGUGACAUUGUUGAACAGAAGAUCAACGAGACAUCAAUGUCGGAUGAUAAGGAUGCCUUCUAUGUAUGCGACUUGGGUGAUGUGUUGAAGAAGCACCUGAGAUGGGCACGUGCAAUGCCCCGCGUCACGCCCUUCUAUGCAGUGAAAUGCAAUGACAGCCGGGCUGUUGUCACAACCCUGGCAUCCUUGGGUUCUGGCUUUGACUGUGCAAGCAAGACUGAGAUUCAGAUUGUUCAGUCUCUCGGCGUGGAUGCUAGCAGGAUCAUCUAUGCCAACCCUUGCAAGCAAGUGUCCCAGAUCAAGUAUGCCUCUGCGCACGGAGUCCAGAUGAUGACAUUUGACAGCGAGGUGGAGCUCAUGAAGGUGGCUCGAUGCCACGACAAUGCGAAACUGGUAUUGCGCAUUGCCACCGAUGAUUCCAAGGCAGUGUGCAGGCUGAGUGUGAAGUUUGGUGCCACCCUGAAGGCCUGCAGAGGUCUCCUGGAGCGGGCUAUGGAGCUGGGCCUAGACGUUAUCGGGGUCAGCUUCCACGUGGGCAGCGGCUGCACUGACCCAGACACAUACAGCCAGGCCAUCUCUGAUGCCCGUUAUGUUUUUGACCUGGGGACUGAGGUUGGUUUCAACAUGACCCUCCUGGACAUUGGUGGUGGUUUCCCUGGGUCUGAGGAUACCAAACUCAAAUUUGAGGAAAUCACAGCAGUUAUCAACCCAGCACUUGACAAGUACUUCCCUGCUGACUCUGGGACCAGGAUAAUUGCAGAGCCAGGCCGCUACUAUGUGGCCUCUGCAUACACUCUGGCUGUUAACAUUAUUGCCAAGAAAGUCGUCAUGAACGAGCAGUCUGCCUCUGAUGAGGAUGAUGACUGGACCAGUGACCGGACUCUUAUGUACUAUGUAAAUGAUGGUGUCUACGGCUCCUUCAACUGUAUUCUGUAUGAUCAUGCUCACUGCCUGCCGACCCUGCACAAGAAGCCCAAACCAGAUGAGCGAAUGUACCCCUGCAGUAUCUGGGGACCAACCUGUGAUGGCCUAGACCGUAUCGCUGAGCAUUGCACUCUGCCAGACAUGCAAGUAGGAGAGUGGUUGCUGUUUGAAAACAUGGGGGCCUACACUGUGGCUGCUUCCUCUACCUUUAAUGGCUUCCAGAAGCCAGAUAUCUACUACAUAAUGUCCCGCACAGCUUGGCAGUGCAUGCAGCAGAUCCGUGCCCAGGGGAUGCCCACUCCUGUGGAGGAGACAUCCUCUGUGACAUCCAGCUGUGGUCAUGAAAGCACCCUGGAGGUGCCUGCCAAACCUUGCCAGACCCGUGUGCUCUGAAUGCAACAUCAACAAUAUAAUUUCAUGCUCCAACACACAGCCACUCUAAGAGCCUAAUAUCCUGUUAUUAAUUUACUAUUAAAUGUUUUAAUUUUAUACUUAUACCAUUAAAAGGCCAGUUACUUGACUGGAAAAUAAGAGGGGCAUGGUUGUGCACAGUUCUCACACUUCUGUAUGAAAGACUGAGAUCUAAUCCUGAGGAGGCUGACUCUCUCAAGGUCCCUAUGGGUACCUACUGUUACUGGGGUCUAAUUGGCUAAUGCCUAACCAUCAAGGUUGUAUGUUGAAUUCCCAUAGGGGCCACAAGACUAAUAAACCAUUCUGGUUGAGUGCUUUUACAUAAUGACAAAUACUCUUGACUCCCAGAAGGCUCCCUUCAAUUGAAUCCUCUACCCCACAUCUCAUGAAUCUAUAGGGGCUGUUUGAGAGCAGAUUCGUUUUUCAGGAAAUGGCUGCUAAAAUAUUUAAUUUUCCCCAGAUCUCAUCCUUCAUACAGGACCUCUUCAAAAUAGGGACUCAACAUGCAGGCUCUCUUCGGUAUUUUUGUUUUUUAAACUUAGAACAUCUUAAAUUUUAUGAAUUAAUUUACUGUUGAUGUAUUUUUUAAAUGGAUAUGAAAGAGAUGGGAUUGCACAUUUGUAUCGCUUUCCUAUGGAAACUUUUUUUAAUUUUGUAUUUUUUUUAAUAAAUAAAACAUGUAGGUGCAGAGUAAAA